AUGAAAACCCUGUGCCAAAAAUCACACAUCGAAAGAUGUUAUAUUUUUUAUUUAAAUAUAUUUAAAUCUGAAAUACUUCCAUGUUCGAACAGAGGAGUGGUGCAGUUGUUCAAUGCAGUCCGCGAACACCAGAAAACUCUGGAGAAGGACUUGGAAGAUGCAGGACCCAUUGAACACAAGAAGGACAAAGUUCUCAAGUCCUUGGACAAGCGAGCGUUCUUGGAUGUUUUGAUGGGACCAUCGAAAAGUCAACCAGUUAGCAACCUUAUCCCCAAGGAAGUAAAAGAGGAUCCUGACAAUCCCACAUGGUCAAUUUUGAGAGAUGAUUUUAUGAUGGGUUCCAAACUGAAGGAUUGGGACAAACAAGAUUCUUCUGAAGUUAAGGACGCAAUAUAGAUUGAAUCUAUAAGUGUGUGCUACUGUACAUAAUUUGUUUAUAAAAAUAAAUGUUAUUUUCUGAUUUUUACAUCCUAA